CUUUUACGGAAUUUAAACAUUUGUACAGAAGCAUGCAGAGGUGUCAAAAUAUCACGCAGUAAGCAAUGAUAAAGAUCCGUGUGGCAGUGAUUGGCGGAGGUGCUGCAGGACUGUGUGCUCUGAGACACUUGACUAGCAGGCCAGAACUGUAUGAGGCCACUGGGUUUGAGCAGUUAUCUGGGGAAGGUGGAACAUGGCGAUACACAGAUACGAUUGGCAAAUAUGACAAUGGUAUGCCAGUACAGUCAAGCAUGUAUAAAAACUUGAGGACAAAUCUUCCAAAAGAAGUGAUGGCAUUCCCAGGGUUUCCAUUCCCCAGCAACUUACCCUCCUUUAUCAGACAUGAGGAUGUCCUGCAAUAUUUGAAAGAUUAUUCCAAAUAUUAUAACCUUCAGAAAUCUAUCAAGUUUGAUACUAAAGUUGAAAGAGUCAGCCCAGUGGAGACUGGUUCAAAGUUAGAAUGGAAAAUAGUUUACUCAUCUACAGAAUCCACAGAGACAGAACUAUUUGAUGCUGUUUUUGUUUGCAAUGGCCAUUAUGCUAUACCACUGGUUCCCAAACUUGAAGGUGCUGAAGAAUUUGGUGGAAUCAUUACACACAGUCAUGAUUACCGGGUACCAGACCCAUACAAAGAUAAGACAGUGGUAUGUCUAGGGGCUGCAGCUUCUGGCCAGGAUGUAAGCUUGGAUAUAGCAUCCAAAGCUAAGAAGGUGAUAAUCAGUCACAACAAGCCCCGCCUCCAGACACCGUUACCAGGCAACAUGUGUCAACAACCUGGUAUUGAACGGCUCACUAGUGACAGUGUUAUAUUUAAAAAUGGCAUAGAGGAAAAGAUAGACGUGAUAAUGUUGUGUACAGGAUAUCGCUACUGGUUUCCAUUCCUCGACAAAGUCUGUGAAGUCCAUAUAGAGGACGAAAGAGUGACACCAUUAUACAAGCAUAUCAUACAUGCAAAAUUUCCAUCUUUAGCAUUUAUUGGGAUUUGCAAAACAAUAUGCCCUUUUCCGCAGUUUGAAAAUCAAGUUAAAUUUUUUAUAUCCACAUUAGAUGGGAGUCAGAAGUUGCCAAGUGAAGAUGAGAUGAUGUCAGAUAUAGAGGAAGAUUUAAGGAAAAGGCUAGAGGAAGGUAUGCCGGUUCGUUACGCGCACACAAUGGGUCCACGCCAGUGGGCGUACAAUGACAGUCUGGCUGAAAUGGGGAAGUUUGAACCCAUACCAAAAGCUGUGCAAAUUUUAUAUGAUGAAGUUCACAGAAUGCGAAUUAAAAAUUUGCCAAAUUACAAACAAAAACAAUAUAGGUUAACUGGUGACACCUCAUUUGAAGAAAUUGUUGAGUCUUGAUUUUUACUGUUAUAAGUUGUUAGUAAGCCAAUUUAGUCAUAAACAGAUGUAAGCAGAGCUAAUUUUGCAUAAAACUUUAAUCUAUCCAAGAUGAUCUCGAGUAAUAUUUUUCCCAUGCAUGUUAGUGUUCAAAAAGACUUUAUGAAUGUUUUAUUGGUAUGAUUUGAUGUCAGUGUCCCCUGUUUUAUGUUUUUCAUAUUUUUAGCUCGACUAUUCGAAGAAUAGUCUAGCUAUUCUACUCACCCUGGCGUCGGCGUCGGCGUCGGCGUCGGCGUCACACCUUGGUUAAGUUUUUGCAUGCAAGUACAUACAGCUAUCAUUUAAAGGCAUAUAGCUUUGAAACUUAUUUAUUCUUUUUCUAGGUCAAUUACCAACCUCACUGGGUCAAGUUCCAUAACUCUAACAUGUAUUUUGAGCAA